GCGGUGGCGAGCAUUCGACAAGAUGCUGGCUUCCGCCCGACGAUCCAUGUACACGCCGUCGGCCUUCCGCGAGGUGGGCACGGACCGCGUGCACGAGAUCCUCUCUCGCUAUCCCUUGGCGACGCUCGUCGUACCGCAGGCCGCCGGCGAGAGUCCGCUCGUGAGCCACAUCCCGCUGCUUCACGUAGGGAACGAGCUCCAUGGGCAUGUCCCCAAGGUCAACGCCAUCGCGCGCCUCGAGGGCAGCGUGCGCGCGCUCGCCAUCUUCCAGGGCCCGAACGCGUACGUCUCGCCGUCGUGGUACGAGACCAAGCAGGCCACGGGCAAGGCCGUGCCCACGUGGAACUACAUUGCGGUGCACGUUCACGCAUCGCUGCGUAUUGAGCGCGAUCGCGACUGGGUCCUGCGCAACGUGAGCGCGCUCUCGGACACACACGAGGCGAAGAUGGAGGCGCCGUGGCGCGUGGACGAGGCGCCAACCGCGUACGUGGACAAGCUGCUGCGGAGCAUUGUCGGGCUGCGCCUCUCGAUCGAGUCGGUGGAGAGUCAAUUCAAGCUCAGCCAGAACAAAGAGGCCGGCGACUUUUUCGGCGUCGUCGACGGACUGCGAUCGACGCCCGACCACGCCGGUGGCAACGACGUUGCUGCGUGGAUGGAGCGCGUCCAAGACGAGAUUCGCAAGUAGAUUUCGCGUACUGGUCAAGCGAUUGUACUGCAGAAAGCACUUGUACAAGGUAGCGCCGUAGCUUUAUAACCAUUUACUAGUGCGUUCUCUAAACCCU